ACUAAGGUUUUUCCAUUAGAUGAUGGACGCAUGGCCUACAACGCAUCGUAUUGCGGCGAAUAAAUGACUCAGUUGCUCGUAUGCGCUCUCACCGUAACGGAUGCGUUCAAAUCCGUUCGAAAAUGGAACGCACUGUGUGCGAAUUUCGAAUUCUCAUGCUAUUGCCUGGUUGAAAAGUCAAAGUCGCUCAGUCAACGCACGUGCAUCUGACAACUGAACUUCUAUUGUAGUUUUGUUUAUAAAUUCACGUCAGACGCGUUUUGUGUGUAUUCUGAAGGGAAAAUAAAAUGGGCAAAAAGCGAAAGUUUGAAGUUGAACAAAAAGAUACCAAUGAAUUUGGUUUACCCGCCAAAUUUCUGGCUACUAGUCACAUUCGAUCACAGGAGAAGCGGUUGAUUAUUAUUCUGGAAGGCGCACAAUUGGAAACAGUGAAGGUUGGAAACACGUUUGAAUUGCUCAAUUGCGAUGAUCACAUCAAUAUUAUGCGACGGAAUAACAAAGAUCCGGGUUCAGUUCGACCAGAUAUUACACAUCAAUCGCUGCUCAUGCUGUUCGAUUCUCCGUUGAACCGUGCCGGUUUGCUACAGGUGUACAUUCACACCGCCAAGAAUGUGCUAAUUGAAAUCAAUCCACAAACCCGAAUCCCUCGUACGUUCAAACGAUUUGGUGGUUUGAUGGUUCAAUUGCUGCACAAGAUGAGUGUCCGAGCAGCCGAUACAACGAUCAAACUGAUGAAAGUCAUUAAAAAUCCCAUCACAGAUCAUUUACCCGUUGGAUGCAAGAAGUACAUUAUGUCAUUUACCGGAACGCUUAAGAGUCCACGCGAGCUUGUGCCCAAGAAUGAUGAUGAGCCAAUUGCUUUGGUUAUUGGCGCAUUCGCCCAUGGAAAUGUGAAUGUUGACUACACUGAAGGGGCAUUUUCAAUUAGUAAUUAUCCUUUAUCAGCCGCUUUGGCUUGCUCGAAGCUGUGCAACGCCUUUGAAGAGGCUUGGAAUAUUGUUUAGAUUGUAAUUUUAGCAGUAAAUAAACGAAUCAACAUCUUAAACGAAAAUCAACAACUU